CCACCAUUCUCAGUGCUCUAUUAUAUAUAUAACCAUGACUUCCCGUGCACUGGCUCAGACGCGUCCCCGACAACAUCCUCCCCUUCUUCCGCACAAGUGGAUCUCGAACGAUGUCGCAGACGUACACGGCAUUCUUCUAUGGCACACUCCUCCACCCAGCCAUCCUUCGACGUGUUAUCGGACAUGAAGGACAGAAGUUGGAGAUAUGUCCUGCUUUGCUACUGGACUAUACCCGUCACCGUAUCAAGCGCGCAGACUAUCCUGCCGUACUGCCUUACAGCAGGUCCCGAGAACUCUACGAACAUGACUUGGCCCCGGAGGAGCGCGUAGUCCGUGGUACGCUCGUCAAGGGCCUCGAGGAAGCCGACAUUGGGCUAUUGGACACGUUCGAAGGCGACGAGUAUACGCGCGAGAAUGUCUCCGCGUACCCUAUCGGCUCCUUCAUUCCGCUCUCCUCGCCCGAAAGUUCAGCAGCAGCACCCCUCGGCACACCCCCGCCGCUCCCUCCGCUCGACACGCUCAACGCGCCCAUCCCAGCGCAGACUUACAUCUGGGCGCAAUCCCUCUUAGAUCUCUCCCCCACAAUAUGGGAGUACGCCGACUUCGUGCGAGACAGUGCGCACAAGUGGGUCGGCGCAGCGGCGGAGGCCAACGCGGAUUACGUGGAGGUUGACCGCCGCAGGGCAAUGAAUGGGAACAUCGCGGGAGUGGAGGUGACAAGCAUCGUGGCAGAGAAGGAUUGAGUGCAGUUCGCAGGGCGCCUGAGCAGUCUCCCGCUUUCCUGGGUCAAUAUCAAUUUUUGAACAACUUGCUAACCUGCACAUACAUCUGCGUCUUCUAUGCCUC